AGCGGUGUCAGAUGCUGGGGAGCCGGGCGGGUGGCGCGCUGGCUGCGGGCGGCGGGGAGGACUUGUUGUUCUUCGCGAAGUCGGAGCUCGAGCGCGCGGCGGAGGCGGAGGCGGCGGCCCAGGGGGAGCGCGAGAGUGAACGCGAGCCGGAGGAGAGCGCGUGCCCGCGAGGAGCCGCCGCGCGCUCGCGGCCCCCGCGCGACGCCAGCUUCGACUUCCGAGCGGCUCCGUCCUGGUGACUGUGCCCGGGUUAUGACGACGAAUCCCAAACCGAACAAGGCAUUUAAGGUCAAGAAGGAGGCGGGCGAGAACGCCCCGGUGCUCAGCGACGAUGAGCUGGUGUCCAUGUCGGUGCGGGAGCUGAACCAGCACCUGCGGGGCCUGUCCAAGGAGGAGGUGGUGCGGCUCAAGCAGCGGCGCCGCACGCUCAAGAACCGCGGCUACGCCGCCAGCUGCCGCAUCAAGCGGGUGACGCAGAAGGAGGAGCUGGAGCGGCAGCGGGUGGAGCUGCAGCGGGAGGUGGAGAAGCUGGCGGCGGAGAACGCCAGCAUGCGGCUGGAGCUGGACGCCCUGCGCGCCAAGUACGAGGCCCUGCAGACCUUCGCGCGGACCGUGGCCCGCGGGCCCGUGGCGCCCUCCAAGGUGGCCACCACCAGCGUCAUCACCAUCGUCAAGUCCCCCUCCGUGCCCUUCUCGGCCGCCUCCUAGUGCCGGGGGCGGGCGCCGGGGGGGCGGGUGCCGGGCACGUCCCCGUGCUCGUCCGAGGGUCUGUGGGGACAGGCCCCCCAGCCUCUGAGGGCCCACGUGCAGACUGCAGGGGGCUCCCACGGGGCGGCUGUGGGUGCUGGGCGGAGAGCAGGGUCCCGCGAAGCUGUGCGCCGCACACGCCUCCCCACACGCACCCACGCUCGCACUCUCGCACGCCGGUCUUCCUCGGGGCCCACCCGCCCCGCCCCCCCCCCGCCCCGGCUCUGCUUUCAGGGGCCUCCGUCCCCCCGGAGUCGGGAUGCGUGGGGAGAGGCCUCCAGGAGGCCGCCGGCCGUGUGGCCCUGUGUCUUCCAUCCCUCGAGCAGCUGCCCGCCUGCUCGUGGCCCGACUGAGCUCUGGGGCCCCAGGAGGAGCCUUCUGUGCCCAGUGUCCACACACACCGUGACUCUGCUUCAGCCUUAGCCAGAGCCCUGUGCUAGUGGGGGCGGGGGGCUGUGGCGCCCACCGAGCACUGGCCGCACCGGGGCCUUGAAGGAGCGGCUUGUCACAGGCUGUCCCUGGGGGGGGCCUGUGGACCCCCUGUGGGGAGCUGCCUGCAUGUUGCGAAUGUCAGCGUGUGUCGGGGUGAGGAGGGAGGUCCCUGGCUCCCAGCGGUCUGGCCUUGCCACCCCUGCAGAGCCCUGGAGGGUGGAGCCAAAGGGCCGGGGUGGGAGCCCUGGGGUUGGAGGGGAAGGGGGCCGUUCUGGUUCUGGGUGGGCCCGGUGUGGCUCUGACGGUGGGGCUGGGCUGCACCUGGCUCCUGACGCCGGGGGAGGGGAGGCUGGGUGGCAGGUACAGGUGGAGGGUGGUGGGUGAGCGUGAGGUGGGUGCACCUCGGGGGGUGGCCGGCGCUGGGCUGAGGGUGCGGUGCAGACCCGCCUCCCGGGGCCCCUGCUGGCCCGUUCUUGAGAGAACCUUGGUGCUCGGUCGUCGCCUGCAGCCUUCGCCUGAGCUCUCCGCCCCAGAGCCACGGCGGCCUUGGUGACCUUUGCUGGGGUGACCUCCCUGGGGCUGCUGCGGGUCCUCCCCGGAAGGUGCUGGGGGAGCUGGGAGCCCGGGCCCCCUCCCCCGGCCCCUCCCAGCAUGACCCUGCAAAGUGCCAGGGCCCCGCCCCAGGCAGGGUGCCAGCCACGCCGUCCGCAUUGCAGAUGGGCAGCAAGUAGCUGGCCGGCUGGCCUGUGGCGGUUCCCUGUCCUGGGGGCCGGCUGCGUCCUCAGAGCAGAGGCCGGCGCAGGCAAAGCCGCUGGCGCCAUGGCCGUGGCAGGUAAUCCACAUUGGAUAUCAGUAAGGACCAUGGGGCGUAUUUAAGAGAGAGAAGUAUAUAUAAAUAAAAUUAUACACAGUUUAUCGUA